UUUAAUUUACUAUUUUUAUAUCAUCAAGAAAAUGUCUCGUCCCCGCCCACAAUGGCAGCUGCAAGCGUUAGCCGCUCAACGUCGUGACAAUGAGCUCAAACGUGCCGAGGAAUUGAAGAAGGUAGCCUCGUACUUCGAGAUCCACACUACUAAGUCUAGGCAUCAUGAGCAGUGGACCACUGAGGAUUAUUAUGAGAAGGCUAAUAAGGAAGCUGAGCUGUUGAGUCAGCGGAAGAUAAGAGCUGCUCAACUCGAGGAGCGGCGUAAAAAACUGGAGCUAAUGUUGUUCCAAGAAAACAUGCAGUUUCAACAGGAACUUAAAAAGUUAGCAGCUCAGCCCAAGUUUUAUAAAAAUGGUUCAUACCUCAACAAAGUCCCCACCUCAACUCUUCAAGAGAUCAACCAGGGCAUCAUGGCUAAGGAGGAGCAGCUGAUGCGUCACGAGGCUGAGCUGCGGCUGCAUCACGCGUGGAGAAUGCGCCAGCCCGAGCUGCGGGCUGCUAGCGCUUAUGUCGCUAAUGGCAAGUGCAAGUCUGCGUGGAUGGAGCAAAUAGUGGAAAAAGAAGUCCAGAAGAAAAAAGACGAGGAGGAGACGCGUAAGACUCUGCAGGAGAGAGACGAAAUGCUGCGCAGACAGAUACAGAUCGAGGAGGAAAGGCUCAAGGAGAAAGAGCAACAAGUUAAAGAGCUCCGCGAAAGCCUAGAAGGGCAGAUAGCAGAACUAGCCGAAAAAGAGACAGUUGUAAAACGCUUGCGCAAACAAGAAGAGAAAGAGAAACUCAUACUCGAUGAGCUACAGUUCAUAUCGUGCGAAAGAGAGAGAGAACACAACCGCCUCGUGGCAGAGAGAGAUGCCAAUAUAGUGAAUAUGGGCCUACAUAAGUAUAAAUUGAAGAGAAGAGUGGUCGCUGUGAUGAAGGAGAUUGAACUGGAUUUGGAAAUGCUUGAGAAGUUGCGUAAGGCGGUGUUGAAGGAGCGUGAAGCCCAACAAGACACAUGCUUGAGCUACAAGCGCGUGUUAGACGCGGCGCUGGCCGAGCUCGCCGAGCACCGCCACCGCGAGCGACAGCGGCAGAACACCAUCGAAGCUAUGUAUGACGGAGAGGCACGCCAGAUCAAUGACAAACAGGAUAAGCUCUGGGCCAAAGAGCGCGAAGCCCGUGCUCUUCUCAUGCAUGACGUGGUCACCACUCUGAAGAAGCAGAUAGAAGAGAAGAUAGAAGCCAACAGACAGAAGCAGAGGCUCAACGUGCUCGAGCGAGAGAAGAUUCUAGAACAAAUGGAAAGUUAUCACGAGGAAGUCAGGGCUAAUGAAAGAGCGACACAGCUGACAAACUCAAAAUACGCUACCGUCACAGCUUUACAGUCUCAACUAAACAGCUUACGCCUACAAAAACAGCAGUUAGACGCGACCUGCGCAAGAGAGGCCGAGCUUAGAGAGGCCGCCUCUAACGAGAGGCUGCUCAGGAACGAGAUCGCUAAGAUACAUCGAGAGGGCAGCACUCAGGCUUGGACAUAGAUUCGUUAUUUCUUUAUUCGUAAUGCUGAUAUCAGACGUUUAAUUUUUCUUUCAUUUUUGCCUAUCACUCGGAAUGACACGUCUCUAUGACAUGACAUGCUCGUAUUCAUACUCAUAUUAUUUAUUUGCAUUCCACAAUGUAUAAAGUAGGUUUUACAAUUUGGCUUAGAGCUAGGUACAAUUGUGGACCCUGUAGGGCACAGCAAAAUAAAAUAAAACUUACAACUAAAAUUAUUAUUAUUAAAUCUAUGGAAUCUUGGUGAUAGGUUUAUUUUUUCGCCAUUCCAGCCUUGUCGUUGGAACAUAGAACGAAUUAAAAAUGAUCGUUAACUCGGGUAUAGCGUCUGAUAUCAGCUUGAAACAUUGGCAGCUUUUAUGCUAUGAAAUUGGUAAGCAACCCUUAGAAGGUUUCCUCAUGUAGUUCACAAAGGGUUCUGUGAAAUUACAGGAGUUUAUAUUUGUUUGAUUUUCUGUGUAUAUGCGAUGUAGGUCUGUGUAUAUCCUAUUUGGAAGUUACCUACUUCUUUUAUGUUAACAUUUCAUUAGCUUUUUUCAUGAUAUUCGUUGACUUGAUGGCCAUUAAGGUACAAGUUGGCAGCCGACUGCAGGCGACAACUGCAGACGACAUGUCGUCGCUUCAUUCAACAGAUUCAACUACGGAGGGAAUUUCAUAGAAAUACAUAGAAAACAGUAGUGUCGUUGCGACACGUCGUCUGCAGUUGUCGCCUGCGGUCGGCUGCCAACUUGUACCUUUAUUGUUCUUUAUUCAAUGUGGAUGUUAGGUGACGAAAAUAGGUUCUAAGUUAGGUUAUUCUUUUUUGUUAAUCUUAGAGUGAGUUGCACCACAGGCGUAGUUAAUGCUAUAGUUAAGAUUAAUUUUAGCAGUAACUAUAACGAUGACCACAGAACUUUACAAAUGUUUGUUGCACCAUGAUUUUUUUGUUAACAGUUAACGCUAAUGGGGUUGACAGUAUAAAAAGAUAAAUUAUCCCUAAAAACUGACGGGGAAAAUUAUUUGUUAUGACAACACUGUGAGCCUUAUGUCAAAUUUAUUUUCACGAAUCUCGUUUCGUGAGGUUAGGUUUGUGUUAUUAUAAUUGUUGUGUUUUUGUUGUGUCCGUCUGUUUGCCGAAUCAAGCACGGAUAUUGUAAUAGUAAUAAUGGAUGACUUCAAGACAAAGUGAGUUUAAUUUUAUGUUAAAUUUAUUAUACCUGAUAAAAAGUGCGCCACUACAUUAGUACAUUAUAACUUUUAGCCUAUGCAAGUUAAAUCAAGCGUGUUUUACUUAGGUCCUAUAUAAAAUAAUAUCUCAGUCCACACUUUUAUUCAUACAACAUUGUUUAGAAAAUGUUUUAUUUAAUUGUUCAUACAAUAAAUAAAAAAAAACUAUGUGAAAUAACAUAAUUAAACAUCCAUAUGAAAAAUUCAUGGUAUAUUCCUUACUGCCUAUUGUUAUUUACCACAUUGAAUAAAGUAUUUGUUAUUU